AUGAUUCUUCUACCCGAGUCGCCGCGCUGGCUUUUCACGCGCGAACGCUACGAGGAAGGGGAGGAAGUUAUUGCUGCACUCCUAGGGGCCGAACCGCAGUCCCACGAGGUAAAUCUCCAGAAGAACAUCAUCAUGGAGUCUAUCCGCGCCUCUGGUCAGAUGGGGAAGACCACCCCAAUGUCCGCCGUCUUUACCGGUGGCAAGACUCAGCACUUCCGCCGUAUGCUCCUCGGGGUGUCAUCCCAGCUCAUGCAACAGAUUGGUGGAUGCAAUGCUGUUAUCUACUACUUGCCUAUCCUUUUCAGGGACUCAAUCAAGCUGGAGGGAAAGCUUCCAUCUAUUCUCGGUGGUGUCAACAUGAUUGUCUACUCUAUAUUUGCCACUGCUUCUUGGUUUCUGAUUGAACGAGUUGGUCGUCGCAAGCUUUUUCUGUACGGUACUGUUGGCCAGAUGGUCUCGAUGCUUAUCACCUUCGCUUGCUUGGUUUCAGACAAGGCCGGCCCAGCCAAGGGUGCUGCUUUUGGUCUUUUUAUCUACAUUGCUAGCUUUGGUGCUACCUGGUUGCCACUGCCCUGGUUGUACCCAGCUGAAAUCAGCCCAAUCAAGACCCGUGCCAAAGCCAAUGCACUUUCAACAUGUUCCAACUGGCUUUUCAACUUUUUGAUUGUGAUGGUGACCCCGAUCAUGAUCAAAAAGAUUAAAUGGGGAACAUAUCUCUUCUUUGCAGGGAUGAACGCUUGCUUCUUACCCGUUAUCUACUUUUUCUACCCCGAGACUGCCCGACGCUCUCUGGAAGAAAUUGAUCUGAUAUUUGCCAAGGGCUUCUCCGAAAAUAUCAGCUACGUGCGCGCUGCAAAUGAGCUACCUUACCUUUCUGACGAGGAUAUUGAGCGUGUCGCGAUCCAGUAUGGAUUUGCUACUGCUGACGAAACGAAAACCGGUGGGCUUACUGGAAGAGCGGACGAUGCCUCUGAGUGUUACCAGCCAGUUCUUUGA